GGCGCGGAGCCGUCCCCAUGGCAACCCGCGUGCGGCCCUGGCGUCUCGGCCCGGCGGGAAGCGCGGGUGCUGAGAAGCUGGCGACAGGCGGGGCUGCGAGCGCAGAGGGCCCCGGGCGGCCGGGGCCGCUGCAGGACGAGACCCUGGGCGUGGCGUCCGUGCCGUCGCGGUGGAGGGACGCCCAGGGCUUCCGCGGGGAGACGAAGAGUUGCCAGACGGCCAGCGUUGCCACCGCCGAUGCAGCCUCCCAGGCCCGGAAGCGCGCAGACGCCGAGGUGCAGACCGAGGCCCCUGGGCCCGGCGUGCUGCCUGCACCCCGGCACGACAGCGCCCGGCUGGCGGCCUUCCUCCGGAGAGUGGAGGCCACGGUGGUCCGCGAGCUGAACAGGAACUGGCGCAGCCACGCCUUCGACGGCUUCUCGGUGAACUGGACCGAGCCGCAGUGCACGGUGACCUGCCUGCACACCCUGGGCUACCCCCCAGCCCAAGGGCAGGGUCUGCAUGUGACCAGCGUCUCCUGGAACACCACUGGCUCUGUGGUGGCCUGUGCCUAUGGCCGACUGGAUGACGGAGACUGGAGCACCCUCAAGUCCUUUGUGUGUGCCUGGAACCUGGACCGGCGAGGCCUGAGCCCCCGGCAGCCGUCGGCAGUGGUGGAGGUGCCCAGCGCCGUCAUGUGCCUCGCCUUCCACCCCACACAGCCGUCGCACGUUGCAGGUGGGCUGUACAGUGGCGAGGUGCUGGUGUGGGACCUCAGCCGUCCUGAGGACCCUCUGCUCUGGUGCACAGGCCUGACAGACGACACACACACAGACCCCGUGUACCAGGUGGUUUGGCUCCCCGAGCCCCGGCACAGCCACCACUUCCGCGUGCUGAGUGUGGCCACCGACGGGAAGGUGCUGCUCUGGCAGGGGGUCGGGGCGGGCCAGCUGCAGCUCACCGAGGGCUUCGCCCUGGUCGUGCAGCAGCUCCCACGGAACACCAAGCUGAAGAAGCCUCCCCGUGGGGAGACCGAGGUGGGCACCACAGCGGUGGCUUUCUCCAGCUUUGACCCCAGCCUUUUUGUUCUGGGCACGGAAGGCGGCUUCCCACUCAAGUGUUCCCUGGCAGCGGAAGAGGCCGCUCUCACGCGGAUGCCCAGCUCUGUGCCCCUGCGGGCCCCGGCACAGUUCACCUUCUCUCCCCAUGGCGGUCCUGUGUACUCCGUGAGCUGUUCGCCUUUCCACAGGAACCUCUUCCUGAGCGCAGGGACCGACGGCCACGUCCACCUGUACUCCAUGCUGCAGGCCCAGCCCCUGACCUCCCUGCGCCUGUCCCCCAAGUACCUGUUUGCUGUGCGCUGGUCCCCAGUGCGCCCCUUGGUGUUUGCGGCUGCUUCUGGGGAAGGGGCCUGGGGAACUCUGAAGAGGCUCAGAGGCUGCUGCCCAAGGUCCCUCUCACCCCACGCAUCUCUCUUCCUGAAGGUGACGUGCAACUGUUUGAUCUCCAGAAAAGCUCCCAGAAACCCACAGUUUCCAUCAAGCAAACCCAGGAUGGCAGCCCUGUCUACUGUCUUGAAUUUAAUCGCCAGCAGACUCAGCUGCUGGCCGCUGGCGAUGCCCAGGGCACAGUGAAAGUCUGGCAGCUGAGCAGCGAGUUCACUGAACAGGGGCCCCGGGAGACAGAGGACUUGGAGCAGCUGGCGGAGGAGGUGGCCACCUGAGGACAGCAAAGCAACAGCAGGGUCCUGGCAGAAUGUCCCUAGAUACAGAGGCAGGUGGGCAAGGCCCCAUCUGUGCUGAGCUGUGUGUUUCUUCUGGAAGCUGAAUGAAGACAGACAAGCUUUUU